CUUAUAUUUUGUAUUUAAUUGAGAAAAAAAUAUGAAACAUGUCUGCUUCAUGCUUAUACCUCAAAACAACUUGUUUCCAUGGUGUACUCUCUCUUCUCCACACCUAAUUAUUACUAUAUAACUUUUCUGAUUCUUUUUUCCAGCCAAUUUCCACCUUCCAUGCUCAAAGAAUUAUUAAUUCUUCUUCCUUUUUUGCAAAAUUAUUAUUUCUCUCUAUUCAAUUCAUAUUUUUCUUGUCUUUUCUCUUUUCUUUUCUGGCUUCCCCAUUCACCAUGGCAACUCAAAUUUCCAUGGAUGAUAAUAACCAAGGUGCUGGUACCAUUGAAAAUAGAGUUCAUAUCUCAAUUCCAAAGGGAAUGGCAUCAUCUGAAAUAACUGAGGAACUCACAAGUGGACAAAGAACAACUCAAAACCUUAGCAUAGAGACACCAUUAAGAACUCAAGAAGAAGCAAAAGAAGAUUUCUUGAGAAUAAACAUACCUCUAACUCCAUCACCAAGAAGAGUGCUAUUUUCUCCUUGUGCAAGUCCUGGUUUCAUUCCAAACAAUGAAUCACCUGGUUCUUCUAGUUCUAGAAACAGGCCAACUCUUAAAAAAUCGCUUAUACCGAAACUCAGUUUCAAGUUUAAGAACACAGCUUCUGAGAUUGAAAAAGCUGCUUUUCUUGCACUUGAAGGUUCGUCCACGGUAUCGUCGAAAAAGCCUUUUCUUUCUAGGACGUUGUCUCGUAUCAAAUUGAAAGGGAGGAAAACAUCUUCCUUGCCUGUAUCGCCGGUUCCUCGUUCAAAUCCCGCGUCUGUACAUGGCGGGAAAGGUUAUCCCGCAAUGGCUAGUCCCAUUUUACAGGAGAAAGAACUGCGGUUACCAAUUCAUCGUUCGCGAUCUGUUCCUGCAUUUACCGGAGAAGAUACUUCUGUUGGUGGCAGGUUUCGAAUUUUUCGGAUGAUACCACCAUCGAACGAGAAAAUUUCCUCGGCAACAUUUGCAGCAUCUCCAACUGGUGAAAAUGUUGAAACUGAGGAUGGAGGCGAAGAUAUUCCAGAAGAAGAAGCUGUUUGUAGAAUUUGUAUGGUUGAAUUGGGAGAAGGUGCGGAGAAUUUUAAAUUGGAGUGUAGCUGCAAAGGCGAGCUUUCACUAGCACACAAAGAAUGUGCGGUUAAAUGGUUCGGAAUUAAAGGUAAUAGGACAUGUGAUGUGUGCAAACAAGAAGUUCAGAACUUACCUGUCACUCUCUUACGACUUCAUAGCGCUAACUUGCAAUCGAACAGAGGUCACCUAGACGAAUCGUCUCAAUACAGGGUUUGGCAGGACGCCCCGAUUCUUGUCAUUGUCAACAUGCUAGCUUACUUUUGUUUUCUUGAGCAGCUUCUUGUUUCGAGUAUGGGAUCUGGUGCUAUCGCCAUGUCCCUUCCGUUUUCUUGUAUACUUGGUCUUCUUGCAAGCAUGACAGCUACGACCAUGGUGAGGAGAAAUCGUGUUUGGAUUUACGGAACCAUCCAGUUUUGUUUAGUGGUUCUUGCUGGACAUCUUCUUUACUCAGUGGCUCAUAUGGAAGCUGUUUUGGCGAUCCUACUAGCUACAUUUGCUGGGUUUGGAACUGUAAUGUGCGGAACAUCUAUUCUUAUGGAGAUAUUGAAAUGGAGGACAAGAUGGCUUGCUCGGUGGAAUCAACAGAAUGGCGAGUCCGCGGAUGCGGUUCCGUCUGAUCAAUCCUCUGCAACCACUCAUCCAGCUCAAAGUGAUUCUCAAAAUGCUGAGAGUAAUGUGGGAAAUUCUCCUAGGCAAAUGAGCUGACAGAAUGUAUUUUCAUAUUUUGUUGAAUGGUGGCAUCAUUGAAUUGUCUCAGUGACAUAAAGUUUAUCUUGUAUAGGCAAAUUUGAGCAUAAUAGUAUUUUUUUGUAUACCAUUGUAGAUUUAGGAACAGAAAUUUGUUAUGUGUGCUGUCUCUCAGCAGAAACAAAGGAAGUUGAUUUUGUAUAUCAGAACUGUUGGGCCACCAGAGGAUGGAUAGUUAGAACUGACCAA